AUGGACUGUCUGGCAUCGCAUAUUCCGCCAUCGCUGCGCUCUCUGUUGGAGGCUUACGCGCCUUCCGGAUCCGAGGAGUAUGUGCCGCAUAUCGGAGUCGCGCUGGCCUCCCUACUCGCCGUGUAUGUGGGGUACCUCUAUAUCCAGAGUCGGAGAGAGGCAGCCGUCGCGUUCAAUGUGCCAAUCCCAGCUGAAGUCCGCAAGAGCGAUGGAGGCAAGACAUGGGAGGAGGUCCAGGGGCAGCGGAAGAUGGUGUUGCAGGAUCAAGUUCGGGGGAAAUGGAACCACCAGUUGAUUAUGAGCUACUGUCCUGCCGAUGGGAGAGUCCUUGGUAACGGAAUCAAGCCUGCCACGGUCGAAGAUGUCAACGAGGCCGUUCGGGCUGCGGGUGCUGCUCAGCGCGAAUGGGCCACAUCUACUUUUGUGGAGCGCAGAAAGGUUCUUCGGACACUGUUAAAAUACGUUCUCGACCACCAAGAUGACCUCGUUACCGCAUGCUGCCUCGAUUCGGGAAAAACAAAGGUGGACGCCUCAUUCGGCGAGAUCCUUGUGACAGUGGAAAAGCUCAAGUGGACUAUUGACCAUGGCGAGAAGGCCUUGCUGCCCGAACGCCGGCCGACCAACUUCCUGAUGAUGUACAAAAAGAACAUGGUCACAUACGAGCCUCUCGGUGUGGUGGGUGCCUGUGUGUCCUGGAACUACCCUUUGCACAACUUCAUCGGCCCCGUCAUCAGCGCGCUCUUCACCGGUAACGCAGUCGUCGUCAAGCCAUCCGAACAAACGGCAUGGUGUACAACCUACUUCCUCGACAUGGUGCGCGGCGCGCUCUCUAGCUGCGGUUACUCGCGCGACCUUGUUCAAAUGCUCGUCUGUCUCCCCGGAGUGGCAGACACCUUCACCUCUCACCCGGACAUCGCGCAUUUGACAUUCAUUGGAUCCCGACCCGUCGCCCACAAAGUCUGCGAAUCGGCAGCCAAGGCUCUAAUUCCUGUCUGCGUCGAGCUAGGCGGCAAAGAUCCAGCCGUGAUCCUCGACGACUCCCGCACUCUCCGCAACCUCUCCUCCAUCGCCUCGAUCCUCAUGCGCGGCGUCUUCCAAUCAGCCGGCCAAAAUUGCAUUGGUGUAGAGCGUAUCAUCGCCCUCCCAGGCGCCUACGACCGCCUAAUCGAGAUCGUCACGCCCCGCAUCCAAAAACUCCGUCUCGGCUCCAUCCUCCUCGACAGCACAACCCCAGACAUGGGCGCCAUGAUCUCCCCCGCCUCCUUUGCCAACCUGGAAAACCUAAUCAACGAAGCUGUAAGCCAAGGCGCCCGCCUCCUCACCGGUGGUACUAAACACGACCACCCGGUCCAUGAGCAUGGGCACUACUUCUCACCCACUCUCCUCGUAGACGUGACGCGGGACAUGCGCAUUGCCCAAACCGAACUCUUCGCGCCGGUUUUCCUCGUAAUGCGUGCCGAGUCCGUCGCUGACGCCAUCGCCAUCUCAAACUCAACGCCCUACGCACUGGGCGCAAGCGUCUUCGGCCACAACAAGGCAGACGUCCAAGCCUGUGUAACCCGUAUCUCCGCUGGAAUGGUAGCCAUCAACGACUUCGGCAGCUAUUACGCCGUGCAGCUUCCAUUCGGGGGUGUGCGUGGAUCUGGGUAUGGGCGGUUUGCGGGUGAGGAGGGACUGCGUGGGUUGUGCAAUACCAAGGCUAUUUGUGCUGAUCGCUUCCCUACGCUCAUUGGCACUGCUAUCCCCCCGCGUGUGGACUACCCUAUCCAGAAGCGGGAGGGUGAAUAUGGUGCUAACGACGGACAUAAAGCUUGGGAGAUGUGUAAGGGGGUUGUUGAGACUGGAUAUCAGUAUACUCUUGGUGGGUGGAUUGCUGGUAUCCUGAGAUUGUUGGGCAAUAUGUGA